ACCCUUUGGUUGGCGUAGCUCUUUGCUGCGUAUAGGUACAUGUUGCGCAGGUGCGUAUGCGCAAGUUGAACGGUUUUAAGAUUUACUUAAAAAAUACAUAUUACAUAUUUUAUCGCAAAAUUUUUAACAGUUUCAUGGGUCAAAACAAGGAAAAUAUUACUUUUAAAAUGCUUGCAAACAUGGAACUGCGCAAAUUGCCAGCGGGAACUCUUUAUGACGUUAUUAACACUUUGGAAACAAAUAGCGAUUGGAAAAAUGUUAUGUCGAUUAUACCGAAGAAUCUUGGUAGCUCUGAUUCUGAAAGAAAAUAUACCGAUAAAGACAUAAGACUUAUUGAAAAUUAUUCAAAAAUAAGUAACAGACAAUGUGCAGAAAUAUUAAUUGAUGAGUGGGGAACCUCAGGGAAAAUAAGACCAACAUUGUCAACACUAAAAGAUAUUGUACAGAAGGCAAAUAUAUUGAAAGCUGCAGACCAAAUUGCAGCUCUUCUACAUGAGAACCGAGCGCCUCGACCAAAUGAUGGUCCUGGUGCAGACAUUGAUACAGAUGUCUCUAUUAUAUUAGAAAAUGAACAGAUAAAUGAAAGAUUUAAUUCCUAUGAUCCAACCAAGAGAAUUCAAAAUGAUACAUCUAAAGACAAAAAUUUAGGCAACAUUAGUACUGUGCCUAUGAAAACUGAAAAUGGAGAUAUCAGCUAUAAUAUUCCAGCAAUAGAUAUUUUGAGAACAGUAAAUUUCAAAAGUAAAUCAACAGAAGUUGCACAAUCAUCAAGAAAUAUACCUAAUUUAGAACUUAUGUUUCCUAAGUCGGAACAGUUCAGAGGCGAUACGUCAUAUAGUGAUGCUACUACUAAUAGUGAAAGUGAAAAGAGAACUUCUCAGGACUCUCCCAAUCAACCUAAGAGUGAAAAUAUCUCCUUCCAAAAAUCAUUACCUAAUAUACCAGACUUGCAUAGUCAUAUUGACAAAGAAAUAUUAGAAGCUACUAAUUUGAUUAAUUUUCAGUACAGCGAAUUGGAAAAUAUAACAUCAAAGUUUUCAGACACCAUAGUUGAUGGUCCAUUUGGUCCCAGUGGUAAAAUAGGCAGUGGUGGUUUUGGAGAAGUGUUCUUAGGCUAUCAUCCGGAAUACAGAAUACCUCUUGCUGUUAAAAAGAUCCAUACCCAUUUACUAUGGCCCGCACAUAAACCAAAUAUUGUGAUAGAUAUGUUCAACACUGAAGUUAAAAACUUGAUUCAAUUUAGACAUAAAAAUAUUGUUCCGAUACUAGGAUUCUCAAUGAAUGGACCAGUUCCAUGUAUCAUUUGUGAAUAUGUUGAUGGAGGUUCUUUAGAGGAGCAAUUGGAUACUAAUUGUUCCUCUAAACCUAAAUUGGUACUGACAGAAAGACAAAGGAUUAAUAUAAUGAUGGGCACUGCAGAGGGUUUAAAAUAUUUACACACAAGUGAACAUGUUAUUCCAAAUACCAGUGCAACAGGUGACUCCAAUCCACAAAAUGUAAAGAAAAAUAAUUUUGUUCACCGUGAUGUGAAGAGCGCUAAUAUUUUGCUCACAAAGGAUUGUGUGCCUAAGAUCUGUGACUUUGGGCUUGUUAAACAAUAUGAAUCAACAUUUGUUACAACAUCGCCAAUGGGCACUUCUGCUUACAUGGCUCCCGAAGGAUUCUAUGGAACUAUAACACAGAAAAUAGAUAUUUACAGUUAUGGAGUUGUCCUUUUAGAACUACUUACUGGUUUAAAACCAAUUGUAAGCAACAGUAAUAACGAUAGAAUACACAUUAAAGAUUUUGUUAAAGAAAGUAUCAAAGAACAGGGUGAUAUUAGUAGCAUUUUGGAUCCAAAGGUUGAAAAUUGGACAAAAGGUAAAGAAAUAUAUGAACUAUCUACAUGUUGCCUACAACAAGAAAGGUUCAAUAGGCCAUCAAUAGAGGAAAUUUGUGACACUUUGUCUGAUAUGGCCAAAGAAAAUUAGUUCUUACCUAGGAUAAAACGGUGAGUUUUGAUGUCAAACAUCUCUUUGUAUUGUUAUAGAAAACCAAUUAAUUGUUAUUAUGAAUUUAUUUAUCUACAAUCACACUUUAUAUAAAUGGGUUCUUUAUCAAA